AUGUCCUGCCAUUCUUUCCGCCCCAGCUCCAGCAGCAGAAUCCGGAACUUUAGCUCCUGCUCAGCCUUCGUGCCUAGGUUGGGUGACCGCUGCUGCAUCAGCGUAACUCCCUACCGAGGAGUGUCCUGCUACAGGGGACUGACCGGCUUUGGCAGCCGCAGCGUCUGUACGGGCUACAGGGCUGGCUCCUGCGGCCGGAGCUUUGGCUACCGCUCUGGGGGAGUGUGCGGGCCCAGCACCCCCUGCAUCACCACCGUGUCUGUCAACGAGAGCCUCCUGACCCCCCUCAACCUGGAGAUCGACCCCAAUGCCCAGUGCGUGAAGCAUGAGGAGAAGGAACAGAUCAAGUGCCUCAACAGCAAAUUCGCCGCCUUCAUCGACAAGGUCCGCUUCCUGGAGCAGCAGAACAAGCUUCUGGAGACCAAGUGGCAAUUCUACCAGAGCCGGAAAUGCUGCGAGAGCAACUUGGAGCCCCUGUUCCAGGGCUACAUCGAGACCCUGAGGCGGGAGCUGGAGUACGUGGAGGCUGACAGUGGUCGCCUGGCAGCUGAGCUCAACCACGUGCAGGAGGUGCUGGAGGGCUACAAGAAAAAAUAUGAAGAGGAGGUGGCCCUGAGAGCAACAGCAGAGAAUGAGUUUGUGAUCCUAAAGAAGGAUGUAGAUUUUGCCUAUCUCCGAAAAUCAGACCUGGAAGCCAAUGCUGAGGCCCUAACAGAAGAGAUUCAAUUCCUAAGGGCUCUAUAUGAGGAGGAGAUCAGAGUCCUCCACACCCACAUCUCAGACACCUCGGUCGUGGUGAAGAUGGACAACAGCCGAGAACUCAACAUGGACUGUGUCAUUGCCGAGAUCAAGGCUCAGUACGAUGACAUCGCCAGCUGCAGCAGGGCUGAGGCAGAGUCCUGGUACCGUAGCAAGUGUGAGGAGAUGAAGGCCACAGUGAUCCGCCAUGGGGAAAGUCUGCGCAGGACCAAGGAGGAGAUCAAUGAGCUGAACCGUAUGAUCCAGAGGCUGACCGCCGAGGUGGAGAAUGCCAAGUGUCAGAAUUCCAAGCUGGAGGCCGCUGUGACCCAGUCUGAGCAGCAGGGUGAGACUGCCCUCAAUGAUGCCCGCUGCAAGCUGGCAGGGCUGGAGGAGGCUCUGCAGAAGGCCAAGCAGGACAUGGCUUGUCUGCUGAAGGAGUACCAGGAGGUCAUGAACUCUAAGCUGGGGCUGGACAUCGAGAUCGCCACCUACAAACGGCUGCUGGAGGGUGAAGAGCAAAGGUUGUGUGAAGGUGUUGGAGCUGUGAAUGUCUGUGUGAGCAGCUCCCGGGGCGGGGUCGUCUGCGGAGACCUUUGUGUGUCAGGCUCGCGUCCAGUGACAGCAAGCGUCUGCAGCGCCCCAUGUAGCGGGAACGUGGUGGUGAGCACCGGGGGUCCCUGUGUGCCCUGCGGCCAAAGUUUCAGCCGCGGUAGCAGCCGUUCGGUCCGAUUUGCCUAGAUGCCCCAAGUUUCAGCUGUAAAUAACCCCUUCUUCGCCCCCCGGGAAUCAGAAGGUAUAGCCACCGCUUUCGAAGACAAGAACGGACAGACACAGAACCUAACCUUCGGGAUUAGAGGCAGAAUUAUUGGGAGACCCGAGGAUGUCCACUGGGGAACGGGGGUGGCGGGAGAUGGGACAGAAUGGAGAGAGAAAAAAGAAGAGGAGUUUCCAAUUUUGCGGCUGUGUUUUCUGAGAAGCUGUCUCUAGCCGGCGCCUGACUUCUCUCGUCCCGUAUCUCUAUGUCUUGAAGGGGUGCUCUCCCCAAGCCAGGACCAGGUUCAUCCCUACUCUACACCAGAUACACUAGGCCGGCUGGCCCCUGCCUGUACUCUCUCUCUCUCCCU